UAUUACGUUUCUAAGAUUUGCAUGUAGUAUGAAACAAGAUGAUUGCAACGAGGCCGGGACUCGUCCACGCCGCCGGCCAGGACCUCAACAGCAUGACGGUGGCGCAGCGCUAUGCACUCAUGAAGGCCAACGUCGACGGCCUCAAGCCGCUCCAGGUCGUCGGUCUGCGACCACCAAGGCCGCAGGUCGCCUGGGAGUUCAACCUCGCCGACCCGCACGACCAAAAGGCCCUCGACUACCUUGCCAACCGCGGCGUCGACCUCGACAUGCUCGGCGCGCUGCUCAUGGCCUCCGGCCUCAUCGGCGCUGGACACGGGCAGCCAGCAGGUCUACGACGUUGCCACGAUGGCGGCCGGCUGCCCGGGCAUGCUGGUGGGGCUGGACCGCAUCGCCGCUAGCCUGCGCAUCCAUCCGCCAU